AUGAUCACCUACAGCAAGGUGGCCUGGGGCCUCGGGCUGCUGCGCAAGGUCUACGGCAGCGCGUUCCCGCGCGCUCUUCCCGUGGCCUUUAUUUCCGCAAUGGUCACCCUCGUCCUGCACCUCACGUGUCGCGACUACCUCCGGGACAUGUGGGUCCACCCGUACCCCUACUCGACCUUCUCGUGGGUCGUCGGCUUCCUCCUCGUGUUCCGCGCGAACUCCGCAUACGCCAGGUACUGGGAGGCCGCGACGGGCGCCACGACCAUGGCCGCGCGCCUCUGCGCGGCCACCGUUUCCGCCGUGAUCUUUGACGCCGACCACAGCCCUAAGGGUCGCCGCGUGCGCGGCGCCGCGACGCACCCGCACCUGCUGUUCCGCGAGCGGCUCCUCCACCUCGUCUCCCUCCUCCACGGCCUCGCGCUCCAGAACCUGCGCAGCGACUGGGACCUGACCAACCUCACCAAGCACGUGCAGCGCGACGCGGCGCCCGACCUGGACCCGCGCGUCGGCGCGAAGAAGCAGGACUUCAAGGUCGGCCUCACGGACGUGCUCGUCCUCCAGAGCGGCAAGCGCCGCCGCCGCCAAAUCAACCGCGUGCUGCCGCUCCCCGUCCUCGGCGACGUGCUGCAGUCGGAGCGCGACGCGCUGUACCAGGGUGCCGAGGGGGGCAGUCUGUCGUCGGGCCAGUUCUCCGCGCGCGCGCAGGAGCGCGUGGCGAUCGUGCACGGGUGGAUCCACCAGCUGCUGCGACGACGAGUGUUCGAGGGCGGGCUCGAGGCGCCGGCGCCGCUGACCACGCGCCUCUACCAGGAGCUCGCCGACGCCAUGCUCGCGUACGAGCAGCUGCGGAAACUCGCGUACCUCCCGUUCCCCUUCCCGACGUCGCAGAUGGUGGUGGUGCUGGUGCUGCUGUACGCGGCGACGAUGCCGCUGCUGGUCACGGCGUGGAUCACCAAGGCGUGGUUCGCGUCCGGGUUCUGCUUCCUCGCCGUGCUCACCUACGCCGCCCUGUCGGAGGUCGCCCGGGACCUCGAGGACCCCUUUCUGUACGACGCGAACGACAUCCCCUGCGCGCGCCUCCAGUACGAGUUCAACGAGCGCCUCCUCGCCGAAGUCCGCGGCGCGUCGACCACCGAGAUCCCCUGCGUGCUCGCCGGCGACGACCUGCUCGCGGAGGUCUUCAAGGCCGCGGGCCUCGGCACCGCGAUGGAGGAGAUGGUGAUCGUGGAGGAGGAGCGCAAGAAGGCCGAGGAGUGGGAGCGGGAGCGGCAGGAGCAGGAGGCCAAGGCGAAGGAGAAGGAGGAGGAGGAAGCGCGGCGGCUGCAGGAGAUGGAGCGGCUGAGCACGGCGAAGGAGCGGGAGGCGCGGACGCUGGAGGCGAUCAAGUCGCAGGUGCGGGACGAGAACAAAAAGCAGUCGGCGACGCAGGAGCUGCGGCCGAGCACCGGGUCCAGCCACGGCGCGAGCGACGGCGCGGGGCCCGCGGAGCCAGCCAUCGCGGGCGCGGCGAACCCGCCCGCGCCGCCCAGCGACGACAAGUCCUGGGCGCCCGUGGGAACGGAGCAAAACGUAUAG